UAGUUAUGCAUCGUGGUAGGUUCCAACGUUCAUCACUUUUCUCAGUUUGACUCUUAGUCUUCGCUACCUCACUGCCUCGUCGAUUCUUAAAUCUCUUCAUCAUUAAGCUUUCAGUAAAAAUAAAACCCACUUCCUUUAACCCAAAAAAGAAAAGCCAAACUGCUUCUUGUUCUUGUAAAACCUGUUUGUGCCAGAAAAAAUUGCCCAGAACGAAACAGAACACACAUUGCAGUGAUGGGUUGGCUAGUUUUUCUUAAGCUCUCAGCAAAGUUUUUCACUGUUCUUUCCUGGCCUUCGUUUAGUUUGGUUUAUGCCCUGUAUGCUUCCAUUCAGGCAGUUCAGAGUGACUCUCACUCCAGAAAUCAGCGAUGUCUUGCUUACUGGGUUUUGUUUGCUUUAUACAAAAUCUCAGAGUCAACGCUUGCAAAGCUUUUCUAUUGGCUUCCACUAUCGCCUUAUACAAAGGGUGUCAUUACGGUCCUUCUGGUGUUACCCUACUUCCAUGGUGCUUCUUAUCUGUAUGGGCAUUUUAUUAGGUCCUAUAUUGCUGAGUAUUCAUUUAUCUGGAAAUGGAACUUCUUGUCCAUACCAAGGGUAGAAGGUAUCUUUUCGAGGGAGGACAGCCAUCUUGAUGUGGUUGAUAAAAGUGUUAUCAGGGUUGAACCACAAGAAUCAGCGAGACCUGUCCUAUUUCAGGUGUGUAGUUUAGAAAUUAUAAAUUGUGAAGGCGUCAUGGAAAAAGGGCCUCCCACUUUUAUGACCAGUUGUACUGAAAAAGAAAUGGACAAGGGACUACCAGCAUCCAAUUCUGAAACAACAGUAAGGGAGAGUGCUUUGCCAAGUAGUCCAAAGAAAAUUCAGAGGGAGUGGAGCUGUGCUCUUUGUCUAAUUAACGCUACAAGUGAAAAUUGUUUGAAGAUGCACUUCCAAGGUAAGAAACAUGUCUUGAAAUUAGAAGAGCUAAGAGUUAGACAAGGCCCCAAUGGUGGAUUCAAAUCUCCCCUGAAGCUGAAGAGAACAAAUGGAAGGGUUUUACUUGAUAACUUAAACCAAAUUGCUAGAGCCAACUUGGAAAAAUGGAGCGGCAUUCUAAGACCAAUUAGAUUGUGUAGAUGGAAAAAGCCACAGGUUGGAUGGACAAAAUUAAAUACUGAUGGAUCGGUAGACCCAGGAAAUGCUGGUUUUGGGGGUCUACUUCGUAAUUAUAAGGGCGAACCAAUAUGUGCCUUUGUCUCUAAAGCUCUAGUGGAUGAUGUAUUCUUGGUGGAAUUAUGGGCUAUAUGGAGAGGCCUUGUUCUUGCCUCGAGUCUUGGGAUUAAAGUAAUAUGGGUUGAGUCUGAUUCAAUGAGUGUUGUGAAGAGCAUUAAUCGAGAUCAACCUUACAGUAUGAAGGCUAGUAGCUGUUUGAAGCAUAUAUGGGAACUUCUAAAGAAAUUUGACAAGCAUUGUGUAUCUCAUUCAUGGCGUGAAACUAAUAGGGCUGCUGAUCAUCUUUCAAAAAUGGUUCUUUCUGACAGUGACGUCGUUUUUUGGCCAGGUGAUUUUCCUGAUAGCCUUAAUAAAAUUAUCAAGGAAGAUGCUGAUGGCAGGAUAUAUCGUAGAGGUUGACUCCUAAUUCCAAGUUGCCUAUGGUUACCACAUACAAACAGACUCUGGAAAAGAAAAAAAGAAAAAAAUCAAGGGAACAUGCACAUUGGUAUUGCUUGGAUUAAGUGAGAACAGAACUAGGGUUACGAUCCUUGAUAUCAUGAUCCAGGAGAAAUGAGGUAGGAGUGUUUCCUAUGGUUUGUAAUGUAAUCCACCCUAUGCUGGCAGUAAUGAAGGUGGUGUGGAAGUCAUAAAAAUUGACAACCUCAGACCUAACUUUUCCUGGUGAUAUGAGGUAAUGUUUAAUUUUGCUAACGGAAUUUUGUAAAUUAUAACUACCAUGUAAAUAGUAGAAAGUGAAUCUGUUGUGCAAUAGUUUAGUGGUAUACUUAGCCGUUGGUUAUGUAUCAUAUCCUGUACGUUAUCUAGGAACAUACUUGUAUGAGCGAAGCUGAGUUCAUUUCUCAAAAUGGAUUUCUGCUACCCUGACGGAAUAUAACACAUGAUUUGGUC